ACUAAAUUCGCAACAAAACCUCAUCCAAGUAACCGGUUUAGAUGUUAAAAGUACCGUAAAGAACAAGUUUCAAAAUGAGGUACCUAGCCCAUUCUUACAAUGAACUCCGACUGGAUUAGUUUCAUCCUACUGAUUAGUAACGCAUUAGCUUGCGACGAAACGAAAUGCGUAACGUUGUCGUUAUGUCCUGCGCUUCAAAGGUACGUAACAAACCCGACAACGAAUUAUACGGUUAGAAAUGUCGAGAGAUUAAUUUGCGAAGUUGACGAAGACGUUCGAGUUUGCUGUGAUCAAAUGGCUAUCGCUAAUUUUGAAACGGAAAGCAAACCUUUUUAUAAGAAUGCAAAAACCUGCGGAAGUCAGGAUCCUACCUACGAGUUCCCGUGGUUGGUCAGUUUUAUGGGUUUUGGAGCGUCUAUUUGUAGCGGUGCUCUUUUGAAUGAACGUUACGUGCUAACUUCGGCAAGUUGCAUAUCACACAACGCAACGGAAUAUAUAUUUGAUAUUCUGCUGGGGGAUAUCAACCUUAAGAACAAUUCUUGUAAUGAAACAUAUGGCGCACCUGAAGAAUGCUUACAGGUGAAAUCAUUAUCAAUCGAGGAGGCGAUUCCUCAUCCACUGUUUAACGGAACCUUCAACAAUGUGGGGUUGAUUCGCUUAAAUGAAAGUGUCUUGUACACAGAUCUCAAAGAAAAUUCUCUUUCAGAGUACAUUCAACCCAUUUGUCUACCAAACGCUACAUCCAUUCGGCCCGCACUCAAUUCAAUGUACACCUCCGGAUUUGCAGUUCACUUUGACCCAAAAACUGAAAGGGAGAAGUGGAAGAGAAAUACAACGAUAAUACUAAAAUCACUGGACACGUGCAAGGAAUGGUAUAAAAGUCAUGGGCGCACAAUAACCUUAAAUGAACUCAACUUUUGCUCCAUUGACAAGGAUGACACGCCGCCGGAAUUCGCCAAUACAAUCCUCGACCGUGGAGCACCAGUCGUCACUUUUCAUAACAAUCAGUGGUAUGCUGAAGGAAUAGUUUCUUUGGCUGAGGAGGAACGACAGAGGCCGAUAGUGCACACCAAUCUCACCUAUUAUGUGGAUUGGAUACAUAGUAAUAUGAAGGAUUAGGAAUAAGUGACACGCAGGAUGGCUGAAGAUUUAAUCCAAUGUUGCAAUUAUUAUGCUAUAUUAUUUUUGCCUUAAUCAAAUGUGUUGAAUCCAAACGUGAACUGAAAUAUACCUAGUGUUGCUUUCAGAACAAAAAUAUGUUAUUUGCUUUCUUACAAAAAAAGCCUGUUGAGGGCCCAGAACAAAAGAGGGAUAAUAAAUAAAUAAAUAAAUAAAAAGAACAGAACUUGUCACUUAAAGCUGCAUAGAGGCUGUGUAAAAUCUAUGGAACAAUCCACCCGUUUUUAGAAAUCGCUCUGUAUAUUAGGUGAAUGAAAUUAGCUUUUAGCGAUAGUUCUGUUUGUCUGCUGGUGUAUGUACCUAUGUAUGUUCCUCGAGACCUCAGAAACAGUUAAAAUGUUGUUUCAUUGGCUAUUACAGUCGUUAAGAUGGAUGGUUUUUUUAUUAUCACAGCCUAUACUCCUGUUUAUA